UGCGGGGUAAAUCCUGAACUGAUUGAAGCCAGAGACACAGAAAUCGUAAAAGAAACAUUUAUUUACAAUGGAGAGAAUAAUUGAAUAAAAUUUAACAGUACUAAAACGGGAUUUGAUCACAUGCGAUCCUAAAGGAACUACAAGUUAAGUAUAUCAAAUGUAUUGGUCAUUCCACCUCGAAGGACGGUCACGUGAUGGUCCAACCGCCAAAUUACGCUGACUGUCCUCUCUCAGGUCCGGAAACGGUACCACAAAGGAGCGUUGGGGGUUCUUUUGUUUGUGUUGUUCAAGCGCCAAGUACCCGAGAUGUUUUCAACCAAUCAGAGAGCGGCGCUGGCACAGCGCUUGCUGCACGAGCCCCUAUAAGUACGGGCUUUGUCAUCCCGCUAGUACUUGUUCCUACCGCUUGAACAGAGAUUGGCAAUCAUGCCCGAACCAGCAAAGUCCGCGCCCAAGAAGGGUUCCAAGAAGGCUGUCGCCAAGAGCGUCAGCAAAUCCGGCAAAAAGAAGAGGAGGACCAGGAAGGAGAGCUACGCUAUUUACGUGUACAAGGUGCUAAAGCAAGUGCACCCCGACACCGGCAUUUCGUCCAAGGCGAUGAGCAUCAUGAACUCGUUCGUCAACGAUAUCUUUGAGCGCAUUGCCUCCGAGGCGUCUCGUCUGGCUCAUUACAACAAGCGGUCCACCAUCACGUCCAGGGAGAUCCAGACCGCUGUGCGUCUCCUCCUGCCCGGUGAGCUGGCCAAACACGCCGUGUCUGAGGGCACUAAGGCCGUCACCAAGUAUACCAGCUCGAAGUAAACCCUCUUCCGCAUCACCACAAACCAACGGCUCUUUUAAGAGCCACGCAUCUCAUCAAACGAGUACUCACUCCUCGAUUGCCUUAUGUUCAACUUGCAUUUUAUUUCUGUUCAUCUCUCAAAAAGGGGAGUCUGAAUGCACUAGAACCGAUUUUGCUAGUAUGUUUGAACGCAUUUGCGAGUUCAUUUUAAUUAGGUUACUUCUAUUUGGCAACUCCGCGCUUUCGUAGGUAACUCAUCUGACGCUCUUCAGUAUUUUUGUUUAAAUCUGAGUAGUAAGAGAGCAA